AUGAAGCAGGUCUGGCCUGAGUACUGGGUGCCAGACCCAUGUGGGACCCAGCCCAGGCCUUGGGCCCUGAGUACCCAGGGGAAGCACACACACCUUCAGCCCCUGGAUCUCAAGUCCCCAGCCCCCAGGACUCUGCUAGACACUGUUUCCUCUGGGGGCCACCCAGUCAGCCUGUCCAACCUCAGACCCUUGUCUUGUCCCACCCAGCGCUUUCUGCCACCGCCCCCGCCGAGCGGCCUUCCGGCGGGCGGGCCCGAACGAAGCCGAACGGGGCUGAGUCCCGGACGGGCGGGGCCGAGCGUAGCCGAGGGAAGCCGAGUCGCGGGCGGGCAGGCCCGAGAUCAGCCGAGCGGAUCCGAGUCCCGGGCCGGAGGGCGGGCCCGAAUCCGGCCGAAAGACGCUCGGGGCGGGGCGGCGGCGCGGGGCGGGGCGGGACGCGGGGCGGGGCGGCGGCGUGAGCUCAGCGCCCGGCGCUCAGUCCGAGCUGGAGCGAGCCGCCGGGAGGAUGUGCGCCGAGCCCCGCGCCGCCGCCGCCGCCGCGGUCUGAGGCCGCCCCACAGGCUCUCCGCCGCCCCGGAAGCCGCGCGCGCGGGCGGGCGGGCGGGUGGGCAGGCCGCGGAGCCGGGCGCGGGCGGCGGGGUGGGUGCGGGCCGGGCCGGGAGGCCGGCGGCGGGCGCAACGCGGCCGGCCAGCGCCGCCGGGACGAGCCGGGCGGGCGCCGCGCGGUGGGAGGAGCGGGGCGGCGGCGGCGCGCCGCGCGAGGACGGCCCGGCGGGCCCCGCGCCCGCGCCCCCGCUCCUCCCGGGCCCCUCGGCCUCGGCCGCCGCGGCGAUUCGCGCCUCGCGGCGCCGGCACCUGCCCGCGCGCCCCCCGCGAGCCCCGGGCCCGCGAGCGUUGGCGUUGGCGUUGGCGGCGCGCGCUGGGGCAUGCCCCGCGCCUAGGGCCCGGGGGGCGCGCGGGGGGCGCGCGGGGGGCCCGGGCGGCGGCGGCGGCGGCGGCGGGCGCGGCGCGGGGCGCGUGGAUGUGGCGCCGGGCCCGGGCGGCGGCGGCGGGCUCCAGCGGCGGGACCCCUUCGCCCCGCCCGCCUUCCCCUUCGGGCCCCCGGGCGAGGCCGAGGCCGCGGCCGUGAUCGGCCGGGAGCCGGCGGCGGGGGGCGGCCGGGGCCGGGGCCGGGGGCGCCGCCGGGGCGCGCGGGGCGGCGGCGGGGGCCGCGGGGGCCCGGGCACGCGGGAGCGGGAGCGGCCUGGGGAGCCGGAGCGCACCAUGGAGGCGGCGGCGGGCGGCCGCGGCGGCUUCCAACCGCACCCGGGGCUGCAGAAGACGCUGGAGCAGUUCCACCUCAGUUCCAUGAGCUCGCUGGGCGGCCCGGCCGCCUUCUCGGCGCGCUGGGCGCAGGAGGCCUACAAGAAGGAGAGCGCCAAGGAGGCAGGCGCGGCCGCGGUGCCGGCGCCGGUGCCCGCGGCCGCCGAACCCCCGCCGGUGCUGCACCUGCCCGCCAUCCAGCCGCCGCCGCCCGUGCUACCCGGGCCCUUCUUCAUGCCGUCCGACCGCUCCACGGAGCGCUGCGAGACCGUGCUGGAGGGCGAGACCAUUUCGUGCUUCGUGGUGGGCGGCGAGAAGCGGCUGUGUCUGCCGCAGAUCCUCAACUCCGUGCUGCGCGACUUCUCGCUGCAACAGAUCAACUCGGUGUGCGACGAGCUUCACAUCUACUGCUCGCGCUGCACGGCCGACCAGCUGGAGAUCCUCAAAGUCAUGGGCAUCCUGCCCUUCUCGGCGCCCUCGUGCGGGCUCAUCACCAAGACGGACGCCGAACGCCUGUGCAACGCGCUGCUGUACGGCGGCGCCUACCCGCCGCCCUGCAAGAAGGAGCUGGCGGCCAGCCUGGCGCUGGGCCUGGAGCUCAGCGAGCGCAGUGUGCGUGUGUACCACGAGUGCUUCGGCAAGUGCAAGGGGCUGCUGGUGCCCGAGCUCUACAGCAGCCCGAGCGCCGCCUGCAUCCAGUGCCUCGACUGCCGCCUCAUGUACCCGCCGCACAAGUUCGUGGUGCACUCGCACAAGGCCCUGGAAAACCGGACCUGCCACUGGGGCUUCGACUCGGCCAACUGGCGGGCCUACAUCCUGCUCAGUCAGGACUACACGGGCAAGGAGGAGCAGGCGCGUCUCGGCCGCUGUCUGGACGACGUCAAGGAGAAGUUUGACUAUGGCAACAAGUACAAGCGGCGGGUGCCCCGGGUCUCUGAUCCACCGGCCUCCGUAAGAAAAGCAGAUGACGCCCCCUCCCAGCACCCCACGUCCUCCGAGAAGGACAAGCAGCCAGGCUGGCUGCGGACCCUGGCCAGCUCCUCCAGCAAGAGCCUGGGCUGCGUCCACCCUCGCCAGCGCCUCUCCGCCUUCCGACCCUGGUCCCCUGCGGUUUCCGCGAGUGACAAAGAGCUCUCCCCACAUCUCCCAGCCCUGAUUCGAGACAGCUUCUACUCCUACAAGAGCUUUGAGACGGGCGUGGCCCCCAACGUGGCCCUGGCCCCGCCAGCCCAGCACAAGGCAGUGAGCAGCCCACCCUGUGCCACGGUCGUCUCCCGGGCCCCUGAGCCCCUCCCCGCCUGCAUCCAGCCCCGGAAGCGGAAGCUGCCUGCGGACACCCCUGGAGCCCCGGAGACACCAGCACCCGGGCCUGCCCCCGAGGAGGACAAGGACUCGGAGGCCGAGGUGGAGGUGGAGAGCCGAGAGGAGUUCACCUCCUCCCUGUCCUCGCUGUCCUCUCCAUCCUUUACCUCAUCCAGCUCCGCCAAGGACCUGAGCUCCCCAGGCCUGCUCGCCCCGCCCGCGGCCCCUGCCGCCCCCGAUGCCACGGCCCCCACCGACACCCCGAGCAGCGGGCUGGAGGCGGAGCUGGAGCACUUGCGGCAGGCCCUGGAGGGCGGCCUGGACACCAAGGAAGCCAAAGAGAAGUUCCUGCACGAGGUGGUGAAGAUGCGUGUGAAGCAGGAGGAGAAGCUGAGCGCCGCCCUGCAGGCCAAGCGCAGUCUGCACCAGGAGCUGGAGUUUCUGCGCGUAGCCAAGAAGGAGAAGCUGCGGGAGGCCACGGAGGCCAAGCGCAGCCUGCGGAAGGAGAUCGAGCGGCUCCGUGCGGAGAACGAGAAGAAGAUGAAGGAGGCCAACGAGGCGCGGCUGCGCCUGAAGCGGGAGCUGGAGCAGGCGCGGCAAGCCCGUGUGUGUGACAAGGGCUGCGAGGCUGGCCGCCUGCGGGCCAAGUACUCGGCCCAGAUCGAGGACCUGCAGGUGAAGCUGCAGCACGCAGAGGCCGAUCGUGAGCAGCUGCGGGCUGACCUGCUGCGAGAGCGGGAGGCCCGGGAGCACCUGGAGAAGGUGGUGAAGGGGCUGCAGGAGCAGCUGUGGCCGCGGCCCCACUCCGAGGCUGCAGGUGGCGAGAGCACGGCCGAGCUGGAGCCCUAGCCGAACCCACUGUCUGCUGUGCAGGGCGGAUGCCGCAGGGCGGGCGGGCAGCGGGCUUGGGGCUCCGUGCCAGCGGGACGCCCCCCUCCAGUCCUUAUAGCACAACGUCUUACUGUGCCUAGAACCAAGCAAGUGUUUGGAACCACAUACUUUUGGAAUCCACUGCAAAAUUUUCUACUGGCCAAGUUCAAGCGUGCAAGCCGGUUCCCAACUGCCCCAGAGACGAGGGCAGCUCGGUGGUUGUGGCUGGCCCUCCGCUUGCCGGAACGUUCUAACAUUUACACUUUUGUUAUAAGCUAUUUAAAACCAAUAAGGAGACUUGAUAUUCAGAAAAAUCACCACGUUUUUUAAUGACUAACUUUUAAAAGCCCCACCCACACGUGAUACCCCCCGAGGACCCACAUGGGAGCCGGGGCCCGUCCUGCCCCUCGAAGCCAUCGCAGCUCGUCUGCACCCGCGGCCGCGUGACCACACGAAGGGUUUUUCUCCAGAGUCUAUUUUUUCAGCGACAAGAACCCGUCUCCCGCACUGUCGGGGGAGGACCCGGGGAGUGCCGCGCACGCGAGCUGGAACACUGCCGCCUUACCCGCCUACCGCCACCCGCAGGGGCGUCCGCAGGGGCGUCCGCAGGGGUGCUCGGGCGGGCGGCGGGGGCGGGUCCGCGCUGGCCGGGCAUGUGCCCUCUUCCACGCGCCCCUCCGUCCAGCUGGCGGCCCACAGAGGCGUCUGCAGGGGUGCUUGGUGGGGGGCGGCGGAGGCGGGUCCGCACUGGCCGGGCACGCGCCCUCCUCCUCGCGCCUCUCCAUCUGGCCGGCGGCACGCCUUCUGUUUGGGCCGAGGCUGCAGCAUUGCAACAACAGCAUUAUUUCAGUUUUUCUUUUUCCUUUUGUUCGUUCGUUCAUUUAAACGUAUACUUAGAACUGCACUUUGUCAAAAACCUUCCCCUUCUCUUUUUAUUCCCCAGUUAACUGAGGUUUUUACUUUCAGAUACUGCAAACCGAUUUCUAGAGCAUCCACAUCCUAAGUGCUCGAGUGUCUAGAAACCCCUCUGGUGCUUGGUUGAACAAGGGAAUCACACGAAAACGAAAACGCAAAAACUGAACUUCGGGGGGUGGUUCUGUGCCUUCCAGCGUCUUGUACAGCAAACCCUGACUCGUCUUCUUCCCCCAGAAUACGUCUCCAGUAGCUGUUGGAUCUGCCAUGAUCACAAUGAGUUACCUGCAUUUAUUCCAAAUAAUCGCGUUUACUCUCAACUGUAUGCGAAUUGUAUAAGGUUUCUUAUGCCCAAGCUUGAAAAAUGAUUUCCCAGUAGACCAGGUGGCUCCCUGACCUAAAUCAUGGUAUUUAUUUACGUGGAGAGACCUGACCAGAACCCUCUGCCCGCGUCCGUCCCAGCACCUGGCAGCUGUGGCCAUGGGAGGUGGUGCCAUGGCCGCCGAGUAGAGCAGAGUUCGGGUGACCACGUCACUGGUGGGGUUCUGCCCUUGGUUUGCUGGGUGGGGGCUGGGUGCUGCCAGCCCCCCUUCUAAAAGUGCAAUGCAAAAGGGACACCGUGUAUAUGCAGCGUGCGUUUGGUUGUUUUUCUUUUUUUUUUAAUUUUUUUGCUUCUGUUUUUCUUUGCAGUUAUUAAAUCUGUAUGCAUGGACUUUGAAACCUCUGCCAUACGUAUAUCCACCGAUGGGCAUUAUUACCGUGUCGUGUAGAGGGUCGGUUGUGUCACGCAACACUCAGAAUGCUGUGUUUACCCUUGUUUUUCCAGAGUUGUGUUUUCCAGUCAUUUCUUCAAGGGAAACUAAAUGAUUUAGUUGGAGCAAAGCUUUGAGUGUGUCAGUGUGCUUCUGUGCGGCUGUGCUCUGUCGCCGUCUGAACCCGCAGUGAGGUCGCAGGGCCCCCGGGACCUGCCACCCGAGGCCACCGGGUUUGCUCCAUUCACUUUCUGAGUUUUUAGACUCCAGAGGGAGACACAUUCUUCCAAGUUGCGCGUGGGGGCAAUGUGUCGCCUCACCUCCCUUUUCUCACCCGCACAUCUGACCAUCAGCUCGGUCUGCCCCGCCACCAUCCAGCUUGGUCCCUGAUACCUGAUACCGGGAAGAGCUGAGGUACGGCGGUGGGGUUGGGCAGCCUCGUCCCCCCGACCCCAGGCCCACUGUGAGGGUCCCAUGACCUGCCAGAGCCAGUGGCAGCUGUGGGCGAGGCCGGCGUGGGGCUGUCUGUCCCCGUCCCCGCCUCGGGGGCAGGGUCCCCAGGCUCCUGCCUCGCAGCUGCAGUUGCAUUUCUUUCAGAAGAGGCAUCUCUCUGUAGGCUGUUGACUCUCCCCGUGUGUAAUACCCAUUACCAGAAUGACCGUGUAUUCAGUUUAAUCACUCAUUAUUUCUAUGCUGAAAGAAGAUUUUUAACGAAGGGAAAAAACAACAGCAAUAACAUAUCUAUGGAGCAGCUAACUCACUCACAUAGUGUCCUGCUUUUCGUACAGAACUCGCCAAUGUACAAAGUGACCGUGUAAAUACUCUUUCCUCUUACACUCGUGUAUCAUAUGUGUACAUGGUGGGUCAUCCCCUGGGACUCUCUCCUUACUGGUAGCUGUCCUAUUUUCUGGGUUGUUUCUAACAGAGGAAGAACAUGCCCACCGGCUUCCUGGGCAACCCCACCCGUCCUUCAUGCCUGCUCACCGGGCUUGGGGGGCUGUCUUGUUCUUGCUUUAAGUCAGGAGUCACAAACGACACUUUUUUUUUUCAAUUAAGGAAAAAAACCACAGCUCCACCCUGGUGCCCGCCAGGAGCGUCCGCAUCGCCGUCCCCUUCUCUCCUUUGCUGCUGCUAAUGACAAUAUGACGACUUACUCUACUAUUCGAAAACUAUUUUUAUGUAAUUAAUGUAUGCUUUCUUGUUUAUAAAUGCCUGAUUUAAAAAGAAAAAAGAAAGAGCUUGGCAUAUUUCUCUA